UCCAGCGAAUUCCGUUAUUGUAUCUCCAGGCGUGUCUGACAUUAUCAGUGUUAUCACUUUAGCCGGAUAAGCAAAUCUUGCAAGAUAUCCUCCUAAGGUAGCGUUCGAUGCUUUCAACGUAGCAAGGACAUCAAGCUUAUCCUUAACGCUGAUUGUUUUUGGUGGACAGCAUAAUAGAUCGUCGGUACCUCCUGACAGGAUCACAAACAGUAUAUCAUUCUUCAUUAAACCUCUGCAAUACUCAACGAUCUUGCGUCCAAUUUCUACUGAUUUUUCAUCAGGCUUCCCAUCAGUACCAACUUCCGCGUACUUGUGCAAAAACAUUUGAUUUUGAAUGUAACUAAUUAAGUACUGGCACAUCUCAUUGGAGGAGGUCGGCAUAAGGAAAGGAAGGAAAGAAUCAAUUAAGUACGAAAUUUCCCACCAAAAUACGAUGUCUGACAGUAGUGAAACGUUGCGACGUUCCUCGAGAAUAAAAGCUCCUGUUAAUUAUGCAGACAAAUCUGAAAUACGAAUACGAAGGCAUAGUAGUUCCGCCACUUCAACUGCAAGUACUGAUGUGUUAGAGACUGAGCUUGAGAAGGAACUUGAAAAUGUUGAGGAAAAUGUGCAAAAACCGUCUGAACUAUUCACAGAUGAGGAUGUCAGUGGUACACGGAUGUACCAAUUUCAGACACCUUCAAAAAAAGAUGCUAUGGUACAAAAAGCUAUUUCUUGCCGAAAUAAUAUAACACCAAGUACUCCCAAGUUUAAGCCUAAAUUACAGAUUAUAAUUGAAGCUACAAAGACUCCACAUCAUAUACGCACAAAAAUUAAGAAACAAUUGGCUUCUAUUAAUCGUAAAAACAUAGCAUCUGGUUUAACAUCAAGUGAAAGUGAAAGUGUCUCUGAAGACAGUGAAUUUGUACCUUCUGAUGAUGAAACUGAUGAUCAUAAUACUGAUGAACAAAGUGAAAAUGAGAUUCACUCUGACGAGGAGAGUGAUGGUGAAGCAAAACAACCAACGAGGGAUAAAUCUCCCUCUCGCAGGCUGCAAAUAACAUUUACCACUUCAUCAAGCAAAGGCAAAUCUAUAUCUAAUGCAAUUUGUUCUGAAUUUCAUUUGAAAACUGACCAAUACUUUGAGAAUCAAUCUGCAAAAGUUUUAACGUCUGAUCAUACAUUGGGAAGACUGAAAACUCCCCGUUUAAAUGAGGAAAAAAUUCAAGAAUUGCUGGUAAAUCAGAACCAUGUAUCACAGGAACAUAAAAAUGGUAUUAAAUCACUUUCCAAGAUCUACAGAUCUUUUUUUCCUAUGUGGUACUUCAUUAUGGAAGAAGGAUAUAGUAUACUUUUACAUGGCAUUGGGUCUAAAAGAAAUUUGAUUAAUGAUUUUUAUAAAGAAAUUAUUUAUGAUCAUCCCACCUUGGUCGUAAAUGGGUUUUUUCCCAGUUUAACUAUAAAGGAGAUACUCGAUGGCAUAAUAGUGGACCUGUUGGAACUAACUAGCCCAACAAAUACAAACGAGUGUAUUAACCUCAUAGAAAAUAUCUUGAAAGAAAAUCCCGAUGAUCGUCUCUAUUUAUUAAUACAUAAUAUAGACGGACAGAUGCUUCGUUCUGAUAAAACACAGGAUAUUCUUUCUCGUUUAGCAGCUAUUCCCAAUCUCUGCUUAAUGGCUUCUGUCGACCAUAUAAAUGCACCUUUACUUUGGGAUAAUGUAAAAAGGUCACGUUAUAAUUUCUACUGGUGGGAUUCAACAACACUUUUACCAUAUGUGGCAGAAACAUCAUACGAAAAUUCAUUAAUGGUUAAACAAAGUGGUUCCCUCGCAUUAUCAUCAUUGCGCAACGUUUUUCUGUCUCUUACGUCAAAUGCUAAAUCAAUUUACAUAUUAUUGGUUAAGCAUCAGUUGGAAAAUAAUAGCAAGAACUAUCCAGGAAUGGCAUUUAAGGAUCUAUAUUGGGGAGCGCGUGAAGCUUUUCUGGUAAGUUCAGAUUUAGCACUGAGGGCUCAAUUAACAGAAUUUGUUGAUCACAAGCUAGUCCGAAAUAAACGUAACGUCGAUGGGGCUGAGUAUCUCAUCAUUCCACUUGAAGAUGCCUUACUGAAACAAUUUCUCGAGCAGUAUGAAGAAACUUGAAUCUAUCAUUAAAGUCGUACCCUAGUUAAGAUCUCAGCAAAGUAAACUACUUAAUAAAUUCUUAAUAUUUAUUUUUGUAUCCGAUGAGUGCCUUCGAUAUUCUAAAUAAAGACGAAUAUUUUUGAAUAAUUAGUAAA